GGCUUGAAUUUUGCAAGAUAGCGGAUAAUGUAAUAUGUGAUAAAAUUUGCAGCGCGUGACGAUGGCUUCUCCCUCUCCACACGCUCCUCACCCUUUCACCGCAAGCCUCAUAUAUCCCCACGAAUUCGCAACACCCUUCUCAAAGAGCUUGAGCUUGAGCUUGAACUUGCAGCCAUGGAGCGCGCAAGGAGAAUCCUGCGCCCCGCCACACUGCGCCGCCUUUUGUUCGAGCGCAGGUCACGAGUUCCAGUCCCGCGCCCUCUCCUUGGAGGCUCCCCCGUGCUCCUCAACCCGGCAGGUCUCCCGGCCUUCUUCACGCGUGCGCGUUCCAUAUCAGUAGAUGCGCUGCGGCCUUCGGACACCUUUCCGCAGCGCCACAACUCGCUGAACCCCUCCGAGCAGACAAUUAUGGCGCAGGAGUGCGGCUUCCCCUCGCUUGAUGCCCUCAUUGAUGCCACCGUGCCGCACGGGAUUCGAACCCCGCCCCUGAAGCUCUCGAAGUUCGAUUCUGGUCUCACUGAGUCCCAAAUGAUUGAGCACAUGAAGCACCUCGCCGCCAAGAACAAGGUCUUCAAAUCUUACAUUGGCAUGGGGUACUAUAAUACCUUUAUUCCGGCUGUCAUUCUGCGCAAUCUUAUGGAGAAUCCCGGGUGGUACACGCAGUAUACGCCUUACCAGGCCGAGAUUGCUCAGGGCCGCUUGGAGUCCCUGCUCAAUUACCAGACCAUGGUCACCGACCUCACAGGCCUUCCCAUGUCCAAUGCCUCACUCUUAGAUGAAGGAACUGCGGCUGCAGAGGCCAUGUCCAUGUGCAACAAUAUUGCCCGGGGAAAGAAAAAAACCUUCCUUGUUGCAAGCAACUGCCAUCCCCAAACAAUAGAUGUCUGCAGGACCCGUGCAGAUGGCUUUGACCUCAAUCUGGUUGUGGCUGAUGUUAAAGACUUUGAUUACAGUGGCAAGGAUGUUUGUGGGGUUCUGGUUCAAUACCCUGGAACUGAAGGGGACAUACUGGACUAUACUGAUUUCAUCAGGAAUGCCCAUGCGAAUGGAGUUAAGGUGGUCAUGGCUACAGAUUUACUGGCCCUGACGAUGCUGAAACCCCCUGGAGAAUUGGGAGCUGAUAUGGCCAUCGGUUCGGCUCAGAGAUUUGGGGUUCCCAUGGGGUAUGGGGGCCCGCAUGCUGCUUUUUUGGCUACAUCACAAGAGUAUAAGAGGAUUAUGCCGGGGAGGAUUAUUGGGCUGAGUAUAGAUUCUAGUGGGAAGCCAGCUUUGCGUAUGGCAAUGCAGACCCGGGAGCAGCAUAUCCGCCGAGACAAGGCCACCAGCAAUAUCUGUACCGCACAGGCCUUGCUUGCAAACAUGGCUGCAAUGUAUGCUGUCUAUCAUGGCCCUGAAGGAUUAAAGACCAUUGCAGAAAGAGUUAAUGGCUUAGCUGGAGCAUUUUCUCUAGGACUGAAGAAAUUGGGUUCAGUUAAAGUUGAGGAUGCUCCAUUCUUUGACACUGUUAAGGUCAAAUGUGCUGAUGCCAAGGCAAUUUCAGAUGCUGCUGUUAAGGAGGAGAUUAAUGUCCGUGUUGUAGAUUCCAACACUAUCACAGUAUCUUUUGAUGAGACCACCACAAUAGAAGAUGUGGAUAAGCUACUGAAGGUCUUUGCUGGUGGUAAAUCUGUAAAUUUCACGGUAGAGUCCCUUGCAAAGGAGGUAGGAUGUGCAAUUCCUAAGACACUUAUCCGGGAUAGUCCUUAUUUGACACACCCAAUUUUCAACAUGUACCACACAGAACAUGAAAUGCUUCGUUACCUGCAUAGAUUGCAAAGCAAAGACCUUUCUUUGUGCCAUAGCAUGAUUCCAUUGGGGUCAUGCACAAUGAAAUUAAAUGCAACUGUUGAGAUGAUGCCUGUUACUUGGCCUGGUUUUACUGAGAUUCACCCAUUUGCACCACUUGAUCAAGCAGCUGGCUACCAGGAAAUGUUUAAUGAUCUGGGCAGGCUUCUAUGUGAUGUGACUGGCUUUGACUCUGUCUCUUUGCAACCAAAUGCUGGUGCUUCUGGAGAAUAUGCUGGACUGAUGGUCAUCCGUGCCUAUCAUCAAUCGAGAGGAGAGGGCCAUAGGAAUGUCUGCAUAAUUCCUGUGUCUGCUCAUGGAACCAAUCCUGCAAGUGCUGCAAUGUGUGGGAUGACAAUUGUUGCUGUCGGAACUGAUGCAAAGGGAAAUGUUAAUAUAGAUGAACUAAGGAAAGCUGCUGAGAAACAUAAAGACAAGCUUGCUGCCCUCAUGGUGACUUACCCAUCAACUCAUGGAGUGUACGAGGAAGGCAUUGAUGAGAUAUGCAAUAUAAUUCAUGAAAAUGGGGGUCAAGUAUACAUGGAUGGGGCAAACAUGAAUGCACAGGUAGGAUUGACAAGCCCAGCCAAAAUCGGAGCCGAUGUAUGCCAUCUUAAUCUUCACAAGACUUUCUGUAUCCCUCAUGGAGGUGGAGGUCCUGGUAUGGGUCCCAUAGGAGUGAAGAACCACUUGGCACCCUUUUUACCAUCACAUCCUGUGGUGCCAGCCGGUGGAAUUCCUGCUCUUGAAGGGAAGUCACAACCCCUUGGCACAAUAUCUGCUGCACCUUGGGGCUCGGCACUUAUUCUACCAAUAUCCUACUCCUAUAUUGCUAUGAUGGGCUCAAAGGGACUAAAUGAGGCAUCCAAGAUAGCCAUUUUGAAUGCAAACUACAUGAUGAAACAUCUAGAGAAUUACUACCCUGUGGCUUUCCGUGGUGAGAAAGGAACUUGUGCCCACGAGUUUAUCAUCGAUUUGAGAGGUUUCAAGAAUACUGCUGGUAUAGAACCAGAAGAUGUUGCUAAACGCCUUAUAGACUAUGGAUUUCAUGCACCCACCAUGUCCUGGCCAGUGCCUGGAACAUUAAUGAUUGAGCCUACUGAAAGUGAAAGCAAGGCUGAACUGGAAAGGUUUUCUAAUGCGCUAAUCUCCAUCAGAGAAGAAAUUCAAGCUAUUGAGCUGGGAAAAAUGGAUCCUCAUGACAAUGUUUUGAAAGGAGCACCUCAUCCUGCAUCAAUGGUUAUGGCAAACGAAUGGAAGAAGCCUUAUUCGAGGGAGACUGCUGCCUUCCCUGCAUCAUGGGUCCGUGCAUCAAAGUUCUGGCCUUCAGUAGGACGCGUUGACAAUGUUUAUGGUGAUCGCAACCUCACUUGCACUCUUCCCUCCACAGGAAAUGUUGUCUUUGAACAAGAAGUUGCUGCUGCAUAAUUUGAGAUUAAUUUGUCACAUGGAUUGAAUAUUCACAAGGCAUAUACUGUUGCACUGAAAGACAAUAACAUAAGGCAUAGAUGCAUAGCUUAUGCAUCAUACCGUGAUGUCUCAAGAUCCUUAAUAUUUAUGUACAUAGUUUCUACCUUAAAUAUGUUUCAUUAUUUCCUGUACAAUUAUUAAUUCAAAUUAAAAUAGAUGCAAAGAAAUCAUGUGAACAAAUUUAUUGGGUUUUA